AUGGCUUCAAACCCAUCAACUACUGCAAGUUGUACUCCUAUUAGCGUCGAUGAGUAUGAAAGUCCAGCACAUGUUGUUUCUGAUCCUAACGUGUUACCUAUAACAAGUAAGCACACUUCGACGGUUUGGAAUGAUUUCAAGAGAAAGAGAGUUGGUGGGGUAGAGAAGGCUGAGUGCAAUCAUCGUAAUAAGCUACUUUCCGCCGGUGCAAAGGCGGGAACUUCUCAUUUGAAGGACCACAUUCAAAGUUGUCGAAAGCGAAUAUGUCAAGAUCUUCGGCAAACAAGAUUAUUCGGUACACAACAUAAUGUGAAUGAUAAUAGUGAUUCUUUGACUUUGGCUCCUUAUGAAUUCCGUCAAGAAGAGGGAAGAAAUAACUUGGCCGAGAUGAUUAUAUUGCAUGAGUACCCCAUUAGCAUGGUUGAACACUAUGGCUUCAGGAAGUACUCUAAGACUUUACAACCUGGUUUUAAACUUUGUUGA